CAUUUUAAUUACAACAUUCGUUCAAUUCCAUACAUUCUAAGAUACAACACACAAGCUUUAAUUUGUUCCCUAGCUUUCCGAUACCUAGCUAGCUUUGUAUAUUUUAACGAAAACAUGGCACCAACAGCAGCUAAUUCUCUAAAACCAGUACAAGAAUUAGUAGAAGAUGGUGUUGUACCUGAAAAAUACAUCCAACAAUUUGAAGAUGACAGUCAAGUAGGCGACAGUCCCCUUCCUUUCAUGGACGGUCCAACCAUCGACUUUUCACUCCUUUUAUCAUCCAACCAGGAAGAGCUUGCCAAACUUCGUAACGCUCUGAGCUCUUGGGGUUGUUUCCAGCUUGUGAAUCAUGGUAUGACAAUUGAAUUGCUUGAUGAGGUACGUGAAAUGAGCAAGCAAUUCUUCAAAUUGCCACUUGAUGAAAAGGAAAAAUACUCUUCUGUAGGCGAUAGCCUUGAAGGUUAUGGCAAUGACAAUGUGAUUCGACAAGGGAAUUUCAAUUGGAAUGACAAACUCCAUCUUCAGGUUUAUCCAGAGCAUAAGCGUCAGCUUCAAUAUUGGCCACACAUACCUCAACAUUUCAGUACAACUUUAGACGAAUAUUCAGUUAAGACUAAGGAAGUAUCUGAGACACUCUUAAAGGCCAUGUCCCGUUCACUGAAUUUGGAAGAGAAUCGGUUCUUUGAACUAUGGGGAGAUGACAAAGAAGACAUAAUACAUGCAAGGUUUAACUUUUAUCCUCGAUGUCCAAGUGCAAAACAAGUUGUUGGUCUGAAAGCACAUACAGAUGGAUCUGCCAUCACCGUUCUUUUGCAAGACAAGGAGGUGGAAGGCCUUCAAGUCUUAAAAGAUGCUCAAUGGUUUAGGGUUCCUAUCAUCCCUCAAGCCCUUGUCAUCCAUGUUGCUGAUCAAUUGGAGAUAGCAAGUAAUGGAAUAUUCAAGAGUCCAGUUCACAAGGUGGUUAUAAAUCCACAAUGUGACCGUAUCUCAAUAGCCAUGCUUCCUAUUCCAAACUCAGAGAAAGAGAUAGGGCCACUUAAGGAGCUCAUAACUAAGGAGAGGCCCCAACUCUUCAAGAGGCUCAACAAUUAUGGCCAUGUUUACUUCAAAUACAUGGCUACUAUGGAAAGGCAAAUUGAUGCUGUCAGAAUUAAUUACUAGUUAUAUUUAGAAAUUAUUUGUUCCAUCUACUUGUGUUUAAUUUGUAUCCAAUAAGUUAUUACUCCCACUUAUGGUUUCGUAAGCUAUUGCUCGGCAUCACCUGACGACUUACAUGCAUGCAUGUAUUCAAAAUAAAUUUUAUGUUAUGUGUGUUAAAAAAAGACCAAAGUUACCCAUUUUAAUCGAUGGCUAAACAUUAUUUUGUUUUUAUCAUGUUAUUGAAUAAUGUAUCUCUGGCUCUAUCCGCUUUGUAGUAAGUCUUUCAAUGCAAUACAACUCAUCUCAUUCUCACAAUAAGGGGAACAGAAUUGAUGUUAAUUUUCGAAAAUGAUAAAGGUCGCAACAUGCAACAUUUAAGCCGUGUCACAAUGAUAACAUGUCAUGUUUAUGUGUCAUGAUUUAAAUUGAAAACUAAAAUAUUUAACUUAUACAACCUGUUAUACAUGUUACAAGAAAAAUGUAGGAAAAACUUAAUUUUCUAAUUUAUUUCCUUCUUUAUAUCGACUAUCGAUCUUAUUUACAUAUUUUCAUAGUAAAAAUAUUGCAUUAAAAGUAAAAAUAUUCUGAUGACGUAUAUCCUACGUGGUGCCUAUA